UGGGGAGCGUCCUUGAUGACGUACAGUCGGAGGGUGGAGCUGGCGAGAGAGGCGCUUGUGGGCCCCGCCCCCUCCAUAGUCAGUCUGGUGUGUGGCGCCCCCUCUGCUGCGGACGGUCAGAGAGUGACGGGGAGGCGGCUGGAGCGUAGACGCCACCGGGCUGACAGGCCGUGGCUUCCGUAGGGCACACCGUGGCACACACCCGCUCGCUUCCGUCGCCGCCAGGCUUCCAUCACCCGGGAUGUCGGCGGUAUACGGCUCGCUGGGGCUGAUGACAGGAGGCGGGGAAGCAGCGACGCUGCCCACCAGUGCCCCGUUACUGUCACAGCCCGCGGAGAGCUUCCCUCCGCUGCCCCCGCUGCCUUUAGCCUUCGACGGCCUGGGGCUGGGCCCUGUGGAAGAAGCGGACUCCCUGGACGGACCGGAGUAUGAGGAGGAGGAGGUGGAGAUCCCGCUCAGUGCGCCCCCUACCAACCAGUGGUAUCAUGGUAAGCUGGACAGAACUAUUGCAGAAGAGCGCCUUUACCAGGCAGGGAGAACCGGAAGCUAUCUUAUCAGGGAGAGUGAUCGACGGCCGGGGUCCUUUGUGCUGUCUUUUCUCAGCAAAACAAAUGUUGUCACCCAUUUCAGGAUUAUAGCAAUGUGUGGAGAUUUCUACAUUGGAGGGAGACGGUUUUCUUCACUAUCUGAUCUCAUAGGAUACUAUAGUCAUGUCUCUUGUUUACUGAAAGAAGAAAAACUACUUUUUCCUGUGGCACCACCAGAGGCAAUGGAAGACAGGAGAAGGGUACGUGCCAUUCUUCCUUACACUAAAGUCCCAGAAACUGAUGAAAUCAGUUUCCUGAAAGGAGAUAUGUUUAUUGUCCAUAAUGAAUUAGAAGAUGGCUGGAUGUGGGCUACCAAUCUUCGAACGAAUGAACAAGGCCUAAUAGUUGAAGAUUUGGUGAAUGAAGUGGGCAGAGAAGAGGAUCCCCAUGAAGGCAAGAUAUGGUUCCAUGGGAAAAGCAAGAAGCAGGAAGCCUAUAAUCUACUCAUGACAGUCGGCCAAAUUAGCAGUUUCUUGGUGAGACCAUCGGACAAUACUCCAGGAGAUUAUUCUUUGUAUUUCCGCACAAGUGAAAACAUACAACGAUUUAAGAUCUGUCCAACACCAAACAAUCAAUUUAUGAUGGGAGGUCGGUACUAUAACAGGAUUGAUGAUAUAAUAGAACACUACAGGAAAGAACAAAUUGUCGAGGGCUAUUAUCUGAAAGAUCCAGUUCCUGUUCAGCACCAGGAACAAGUGCUAAAUGAUCUUGUGGAUGGGAAGGAAAUAUACCUCACAAUCAGGCAAAAAACGAAGGAUGCUUUUUACAAAAACAUUGUGAAGAAAGGCUAUCUUCUAAAGAAGAGUAAAGGCAAACGGUGGAAGAAUUUGUAUUUUAUCUUAGAGGGUAAUGACGCCCAGCUUAUUUUUUUUGAGAGUGAAAAACGUGCAACAAAGCCCAAAGGAUUAAUUGAUUUGAGUGUGUGUUCUGUCUAUGUCGUCCAUGACAGUCUGUUUGGCAGGCCAAACUGUUUCCAAAUUGUAGUUCAGCACUUUAGUGAGGAGCAUUAUAUAUUCUAUUUUGCUGGGGAAACUCCAGAACAAGCUGAGGAUUGGAUGAAAAGUCUUCAGGCAUUUUGCAGUCUACGAAAAACAACACAAGCCUCUUCUAAUAAACGGCUUAGACAGGUCAGCAGUCUUCAUUUGCACAUAGAAGAAGCUCACAAGCUCCCAGUCAAACAUUUCACUAGUCCAUAUUGUAAUAUUUACCUGAAUUGUGUACAGGUAGCAAAGACACAUGCCAGGGAAGGCCAGAAUCCUGUAUGGUCAGAAGAGUUUUUCUUUGACGAUUUAUCCCCGGAUAUAAACAGAUUUGAAAUUAGCCUAAGUAACAAAACAAAGAAAAGCAAAGAUCCUGACAUAUUAUUCAUGCGCUGCCAGUUAAAUCGACUGCAAAAAGGACACGCAAUAGAUGAAUGGUUUCAGCUCAGUUCUCACAUACCACUAAAAGGUAUAGAGCCAGGGUCUCUGCGAGUCCGAGCAAGGUACUCUAUGGAGAGAAUCAUGCCAGUAGAAGAGUACAAUGAAUUCAAAGAGCUUAUACUUCAGAAGGAGUUGCAUGUUGUAAAUGCAUUGUCACAUGUAUGUGGACAGGAUCGAACACUACUUGCUAGCAUUUUAUUGCGGAUUUUCCUACAUGAAAAAAUGGAAUAUUUACUUUUGCGAACACUAAAUGACAAGGAGAUCACCGUGGAAGAUGAAGCUACGACUCUUUUUCGAGCAACAACCUUAGCAAGCACACUUAUGGAGCAGUAUAUGAAGGCAACUGCUACUCCAUUUGUUCACCAUGCUCUGAAAGACACCAUUUUAAAAAUAAUGGAUAGCAAGCAGUCGUGUGAGCUGAAUCCCUCCAAGCUGGAGAAGAAUGAAGAUGUGAACGCUAACUUGGCCCACCUCUUGGCUUUGCUUUCAGAGUUGGUGGAAAAAAUUUUUAUGGCCGCAGAAAUACUUCCUCCAACUUUAAGAUAUAUUUAUGGGUGCUUACAAAGGUCUGUUCAACAAAAGUGGCCUUCUAAUACAACUAUGAGGACAAGGGUUGUUAGUGGAUUUGUCUUCCUGCGACUAAUCUGCCCUGCUAUCCUUAAUCCAAGAAUGUUUAAUAUCAUCUCGGACUCUCCCUCACCAACUGCAGCAAGAACAUUGACGCUGGUCGCCAAGUCUUUACAAAAUUUAGCAAAUUUGGUUGAAUUUGGAGCCAAAGCACGGGAGGGACAUGAUGGCGCUGUGCCACAAAGCUGCGUUAUUAACUCCGGAGCUGAACCUUACAUGGAAGGUGUGAAUCCAUUCAUUAAAAGUAACAAACACCGCAUGAUUAUGUUCUUAGAUGAACUUGGGAAUGUUCCUGAGCUACCAGAUACUACUGAACACACAAGGACUGACCUGUCCCGCAAUUUGGCAGCUUUACAUGAGAUGUGUGUGGCACAUUCUGAUGAACUCCGAACCAUAAGCAAUGAAAGAGGUGCACAGCAGCAUGUCCUCAAAAAGCUUCUGGCAAUCACAGAACUACUUCAACAAAAGCAAAAUCAGUAUUCGGUAACAAACAACACCAGGUAGCACCGACCUCGUCCGUCUCUGCGUGCAAACACCUGGAUAUUACUUCACAAUAUCACUUCCUUUUUUUUUUUUUUUUUGCUCUUUCCAAAAAAAAAAAAAAAUGGCACAUGUGGGACUAUGCAGCAAAAAAAUAAAAAAAAUGUAAUAAAAAAAAUAAAUAAAUCUGCUGCCAGACCUGUGCCAGCAGCUUUAGGGGCUCUAUCUCCAGAAAGCUUGUUCAGAGAAAUUGCACGUUUCACACUUUGUACUGGCUUCUACAAGUCUGAGCCUUUGUCUACUGAUCUCAAAAGACCCCAGUUCACUGCAUUAUGCCAAAGUCUACAAUCCCAAAACCUGGUGGCUGACAGUAGACGUGUUCUGCUUCCUUACAGUCAUUUAUAACUGGAUUACAAGCUAUUUUUAUACUGGUAUUUUUAACUGGUUUCUGUUAUUGCUCGCGACUGUUAAACCAAUGUAUUUAGUUUUGACUUAAAAAACUGACAAUGGAACAAGUGCUAUUAUUUUUAUUUGUGUCCUGUCUUUUCUGGGAUCAUGUUAAGUUUUUGAAAAAUGUUUUACUUGUCACUGAUUUCUGGUAGAUGUUUUCUGUCAGAACCAUGUAUAAUGAAAAGCUUUUGUAAAAUGUUUACACCAGUAAAUAAUUGAUUUCAUUAAAUUUAUUGAUUGUUGUAUCUGAUGUGCAUGCAAUAAACAAUUUUGUAAAGUA